AUCAACGAUCAACUUCAUCAUAAUGGAAACGAAAAUCAUAGAUUCAAUAGAUACUAGCUGUUUAAGUGAUUUAGCGGACGUCAGUGAUCGUUAUUUCGAACAUUUAUAUUGCAAAGAAAUCGAGGGGAAAGAGAUCACUGAUCAGAGGGUCAGUUUCCACACAAACAGGAUAUGCAUGCUGUCUUUAGCUGAAAACCAUCCAAUCAUGAAGGAGAAGAAACCCAUCAAGAGGAUUAACUUUGAGAUCGACGAUAAAAUCGAUAGGCUGAAAAAUUCGGCAUCAGGGAAAGGGAAAAAGGGUGCACAAAAACUCGCACCUGACUCGAUCAUUUGCUACGUGGAAACUGAAACAGAAUCGUAUCCAGUAUACAGUUGCAUUAAGGGAAAAUUGAUUGAAAUCAAUGAGAAAUUAAUAGAAAAUCCCAAUUUGUUAGUUGAGAAACCAGUGAAUGAGGGAUACAUUGCACUUUUAUUACCUGUUCUCAGUUUGUAUUCAACUUUCAAAGAAAGCAUGUUAAGUAAAGAAAAGUACCUUGCUUUAUAAAUGUUUGAUAAAUAAAUUUAUUCAUUAUUA